GGCUCCCGUCCCGUUGUCCCCCAUUCCUAUUCUUCUUCUUCUCUCCCGGCGCCUUCUCCCACUCUGUUAUUUUGGCUGUUUUCUGUUUUUCGUCACACCGGCCGCCUGAUCACUUUUCCGGCUAAAUGGAGACUCUCGGACGUGUUUGGAACCGUUUGUCCAUUCGACGGCCGACGUUGGCCACACCUGAACCCGUCGAGGAGGAAGAUGAUAUGACUCCAGAAAAGACCAAGGAAGUGUUUCAAAUGUUCAAAGGAGCACCGACGCGAAGAAAAAGCGAAAAUGCACACAGUCAUAGAGUUGUGCUCAAUCAGCUUCAAAACCAUCCUCCUAGAAAUGCAACUCAGAGCCCUCAACGGCAGCCGAGAACUUCUGAAAGUUCGAUGGAUUUCCCCCGAUCCGCUCUGCGACGGAAUUCGACAGACACUCAUGUGUUUGCCAAUCGAACUCAUAAUCAUCGAGACAUUAAUGUGCCAGCGUGUUCCAGUGAAGAGGAUCGCGUAAGUACUGCCAGAAGAAACAGUCUUUUUGUCAAACGAGGCUCGGUCACAAUGGAGCCCAUCAAGAAAGUGGAUCUUGAAGAAGUCUACACAGUUAACAAGCAGUUGGGAACCGGUCGUUUUGGUUUUAUCAAACUCGCAGAGCACAAACAAUCAAAGCAAAGGAUUGCUAUUAAGUUUUUCCCACGACCUCAAACAAAACAGGCCGAUUUUGUCCGUGAAUACAAUUACUCAUUUUUCCUAUCGCCACAUCAAAAUAUCAUUGACACAUAUGAAGGGAUGUUCCAGUCGUCAGACGACACUGCAUACUUCUUCGUACAAGAAUUCUGCCCGCGAGCAUCAUUAAGAGAAGCUGUCGAAGCUACAAACCAAGCAGGAAUCGGAGAGGCGAACACGAAAAAAGUAUUCGCAGCAGUACUAUCAGCUAUAGAAUUUAUGCAUGAUGAGAACCUUGUACAUCGGAAUCUUAAAGCAGAAAAUAUCCUGAUCUUUGAUGCAAAUGAUUACUCAAAGGUAAAAGUCACCGAUUUUGGAUUGACGCGAAAAGUGGACACCACUGUAAAAUAUUUGGAAUACGUCAACAAUUACCACGCCGCCGAACUCUGCGACACUGUUGUGAACGAAAAGCUCGUGGUAAACAAGAGCACGGAUAUUUGGGCACUUGGUAUCAUUUUCUUCUACUGCAUGAAAGGGAAAUUCCCAUGGCAGAAAGCAUCAAUAAUGUGCAAACCAUACUGGGAAUGGGAACAAUGGCUGAAGCGAAAGAAUCCAGCUUUGCCAAAGAAGUUUAACCCGUUCUCUGAAAAAGCUUUAAAACUGUUCAAAAAAUCAUUAACUCCUCGAUUCAAAGACAGGUGGACAGCAAAAGAUAUGAGAAAGUGCUUGGCAAAAGAAAAACUCUUAAAAUCAGUUAAGGUAGCAGUCCCAUACUAUUGAUUGUUCGUCGUGUUGUCGUCAUCCAUAUUCAUUUUAUAUCGCACAAAACUUGAAAGCCACCCAUUAUUAUCCUACUUCACCAAUAUUUUAUUAAAACGUUAAAUCAUCACAUACUUUCCCUUCCCAUCACCAUUUCGUUUAGUAUUUUGCACAUAAGACCCGUUGUAUGAAAUUGUAUCAAAUUGAUCUCUAACGCCACACCGAACACAAGAAGUACACACGAACUACUGAAUUUUGUUAGAAGGUAAUGGUUGAAUGCUACACGUUUCCAAAAAAGGCUAACAGAGUGCAAGUGUGAUUUAGAAUUUGUGACCUACAAUUUGUUUGAUUCUAACUGUUUGGUUUGGUUUUCUAAUGCUACUAUUAUCGACUAAAUUUAAAUUAUCUAAUUGCAGAGGCCUGAAGAAGACUACUAUGUAAUGAUAGACACUGCCUCAAAGUCCCGCCAAACCGCAACUUCAAGUUCAGGCGAGCCUCAGGACCCUAGUGCUCCGGCAGCGGAGCAGAGGAAACAGAAGUCGACUCUUCAACAAUGGAUCAGCACGACCUUAACGGCAAUGGCAGAAAUCAGUGAACAAGUGGUGUCCGCCAGAGACGAUUAACAUUUCAACCUCCCCCUUUUGCAUUUCGUUUUUGUUUUUUUUUCGAACUUCUUGUCAUUUCAAAUUUUACAAGUAACCCGUGUCUUCAGUGACACCUAGCUUAUAUUGUACGAGUGUGACAAUAUAUAGAACACAACACAUUUCCGGUCCUUUGAAUAACACUUUUUCUCCAGUUCUCUUAUUUCAUCCACUUCCUCAUACCUUUUUAUUUGUAUACAGUAUGGCUGAAAGCUUGGCAACAAAAAAAGUAACCGAAAUUAUGUUCAAUUUUUUAAUCAAAUGUUUCUCACUUUUUCAAUAAAAAACUUAAAACCCCGCAUAUCUGAUGGUAUAAAUUGUGAAGAAAACGUAUUUCUUUAAAACAAUGAAUGAAAAUUUUAUAA